GACUAUGAUUGUCCCUACAGUGGAGAACAGAUUGUUCAAAGAGCAAGAGAGCUACAACGCACGCCGUACAAUGCAAGGACGAGCAACUGCGAGCAUUUUGUGAUGGAAGCACGCACCGGGCAGAGAUCAAGUGUGCAGGUACGAAAGGGAGUCUUUCAUGCAGUCUUCGGUGGUUUGGGGUGUGCAGCAGCAGGGGCAGCUACAGGAAUAUUAGCUGGGGGAGCAUUUUGGUUUAUACUAGGAGCUAUAGUGGGAGGAAUAGUGGGUGCAGUGGGGGAGCUACAGUUGGAACUGCAGGUGGAGUUGCUGUGGGGAUCAGGGCUGCCAAGAGAAAUUGAGCACCUAGAACGCUUUGUCAUAAUGAGAGGCGGAAACAGGGGGACCAGGGGUACGUGCCCCUUUCAAAAACUAAUUCCA